GAGCGUAUCUCUCCCACACUCCGUUUCACCCACCUCUCCCAUUGGGCGGGAUCGCGCUCUCCCCUCUUCUCCAUUUCCCGUCCCUUCUCAUCAUCACCCACAUUCAAUUAAUUAAUUAAUUAAUUAAUUAAUUAAUUAAUCAAUCAAUCAAUCAAUUUAAUUAAUUAAUUAAUUAAUUAAUCCCUUCUCUCUCUCUCUCUCUCUCUCUCUCUCUCUCUCCUCAACCACCGAUGGCGCCUCCUCCGACGCGGCUCGAGUUCGACGCCGCGGUGCUCAGCGGCGCCCCCACCAUCCCCGGCGAGUUCGUGUGGCCCGACGACGACAAGCCAGCGCCCGGCGCGGCGGCGGAGCUCGCCGUCCCCGUCGUCGACCUCGGCCUCGCCCUCCGCGGCGGCGCCGGCGCCGGGGACGAGGAGCUGGUGCGCGGGGCGUGCGAGCGCCACGGGUUCUUCCACGUGGCGAACCACGGGGUCGACCCCGAGCUCGUCGCGGAGGCGCACCGCUGCGCCGAGGGCUUCUUCGCGAAGCCGCUCGCGGAGAAGCUGCGCGCGCGCCGCGCCCCCGGCGAGAGCUGCGGCUACGCGAGCAGCUUCACCGGCCGCUUCCGCGAGAAGCUCCCCUGGAAGGAGACGCUCUCGUUCCGGUACUCCGCCGCCCCAUCCUCGUCGUCGUCCCCAUCGUCGUCGUCGUCGCGCGCCAAUGGUGUUCUCGAUUACUUCGUCGACACGCUAGGGGAGGAGCAUCGCCACCACGGGAUGGUGUACCAUGCCUACUGCGAAGCGAUGAGCCGGCUCUCUUUAGACAUCAUGGAGUUAUUGGGUCUGAGCCUGGGCGUGGGUCGCGACUGCUUUCGAAGCUACUUUCAGGGCAACGACUCCAUAAUGCGGCUGAACUACUAUCCGCGGUGCCAGCGGCCGGAGCUGACGCUCGGCACUGGCCCGCAUUGCGACCCCACAUCCCUCACCAUCCUCCACCAGGACGAUGUUGGCGGUCUCCAAGUCUUGGCCGACGGUCAGUGGCUCUCUGUUCGGCCCAGCACCGACGCCUUCAUCGUCAACAUCGGCGACACGUUCAUGGCUUUGUCGAACGGGCGGUACAAGAGUUGCCUCCAUCGGGCAGUCGUAAACAGCGAGACGGUGCGGAAGUCCUUAGCCUUCUUCCUUUGCCCGGGGCCCGACAAGGUUGUGCGGCCGCCGCCGGCCCUCGUCGCCCCCGGGGAGCAGAGGGCAUAUCCGGAUUUCACGUGGCCGACGUUGCUCGAGUUCACACAAAAGCAUUACAGGGCCGAUAUGAGGACACUCGACGCCUUCUCGGCGUGGAUGCUGAACAAUGAAGGCAAUGCCGUGAAGUGAGGAUAUGAACAAUUAUAGUACAAAGAGAAGGAAAAGGGCUUCCCAACUGUCUCAACUUUAGCGUAAUUUGAGAUCACCGUUGGACUUUGAAAACAACAAAAAAUUAUCCAAACAAUAUGUUUCCAGCUCUUUCAUCGUAAAAUCAUAUUGUGCAGAAAAUUUGUGUUAGUUUCAAAGUUCAAAUGAUGAUCACAAAUUACAAGGAAGUCGGGACUGAUCUGAAAUAUUUACAAUUACUAGACAAAAUUUUGUACAAUGUUCCUUCAAUUUUGUUUGUUCUUUAAUUUCUUCAUUUUUCUUUCUCAACAAAAAAAGAAGAAAUUUCUUCAUUUUUGUUUCUUAUUUUAUUUAGUUAAAAACAGUAACUAAUAAGAAGGGAGGAAAUAAAAGGACAGAGAGGAACUAAUAAUAAAGGAAGAAGGGGCCAAAAAAAAAACAAGAA